AUAGAAAAUCUCAACACAUACAAGUCAUCAUACUCUCUCAACUUCAUCUCUCUCUCUCUCUCAAUCUCUUAAGAUCCCACAAGUCACUUUUCUUCUUCUUAAUCACCUUUAAUGGCGAAUUUGAUCCUUAAGCAAUCUCUAAUCAUACUCCUAAUCAUAUAUUCAACACCAAUCUUGAGUUCUCAAGCUCGAAUCCUCCGUACAUAUCGCCCCACAACCAUGGGCGAUAUGGAUAGUCAGGUUCUCCUACGUGAACUCGGGAUUGAUCUCUCUAAGUUCAAAGGUCAAGACGAGAGACGGUUUUUAGUGGAUUCCGAAAGGGUUUCUCCGGGGGGUCCUGAUCCACAACACCAUUGACUGAUCUUUACCGAUAUAUAUAUACUUUACCGAAGAUCGAAGCACACAUAUAACUGUGACUGAUCCAUGCAAGUCAAUUUAAAUAUCGUCAUUUACAUGCUUUUCUUUUCUUUUUCAUAAAUCUUCCCUACACUUUUGUUGUAUCAAGAUUUUGGUAUUCUUGUACCUUCCUUAUCUUUAAACAUCAAGGUUUUACUCUCUAUGUUUUCUUGUGUCUCCAAUGAGUUACCUUUUUUGUAACAGCGAUUGGCUAUUUCCCCUGUCUUUAUCGUUUAAGUUUUACCUUUUCAUUUGUAGGGAAACCAACAAGAUAGACCCUAGAGGGUUUUUAAAAGAAUGAUUGAAAUCUGC